UUCGUCUUACAGUGUACAGAGCAAGUUGGUGACGGCUGCUGUAGCUGUGGCCUUUUGAUCUUCCAAUUCACUCGUUUUCUAGGUAGUGGUCCAUAGCAUUAACAAUGAAUCAAGUAAAGCGGGCUAUAGGCAUUGAUUUUGGAACGACCAACUGUUGUGUUGGUGUAUAUGACAAAGGGCGCAUUGACAUAAUUGAAAAUGAGCAAAGACAGACCACUUUUCCAUGUAUGGUUACAUUCUUUGGCCGUGAAAUUGUAGUAGGUGAAGCUGCAAAGGACCAAUUCACAAGGAACCCACGAAAUACUGUUUUUGACAUGAAGAGACUUCUUGGGCGAGGCUUUAGUGAUGGAGUAGUGAAGAUUGGCAGAAAUCGUUGGCCUUUUAGGGUGGUUCGUGGGAAGAAUGAUAAACCCAUGGUUGAAAUUAUGUUUAACGGCGCGCAGAGGCGAUUUUCAGCAGAGGAGAUAUGUGCCAUGGUCUUACACAAAAUUAAAACAAUUGCUGAAAGCUGUUUGAAUCGUAAAGUGAAAGACACAGUGAUCACAGUUCCGGCCUACUUCAACAUUGAGCAGAGGCAAGCUGUGAAAGAAGCUGCGACUAUUGCAGGCCUUCAUGUCAUGCAACUUAUGGAUGAGCCUAUAGCUGCACUAGUAGCCUAUGGACUCGACGCAGCUACGUAUUCCUGUUCCACACCCAAAAAAAUCCUGAUUUUUGAUUUAGGCGGUCAUUCUCUAUUCUCUACUAUCAAUUAAAAAUUGUGGAGUACAAGUGCAAGUUGUAGGUGACGAUGAGUAUCUUGGAGGCCAAAACUUUGACAAGAGUUUGGUCGAUUAUUGUGCACAACAGUUCGAACUUCAACAUAAUCAGAAUAUCAACAAAGUCCCGAUGGCCCUUCUUAGUCUUCGCAUGGAAUGCGAAAGAGCACAAAUACAUCUGUCUUCUGCGGGGGAAACUAAAGUUAUAGUUGAUUCUCUGUAUGAGAGAUUUGGUUUCGUUCCAAGAAUUAGUCGCCCUCGAUUCGAAAAUAUCAACGCCCAUUUGCUUAUGAAAUGUACUGAAGCUGUUUGAGAAAUGUCUAUCUAAAGCAAAGCUGAAGAGAGAGGAGUUGGACCAUGUAAUCGUGGCUGGAGCUUCCACUCACAUUCCAAAGGUGCGAGAGACGAUUCAGAAUUUCUUUUGUGGAACAGAGGUGUAUGACGGUAUACACCCAGAGCAUGUUGCGGCAUACGGGGCUGCUGUGCAGGCAGCGGUAUUAAAUGCAGAAAAAAUAGAUUGCCUGCAAUUAAACACAGCGCCUUUGAGCAUUGGAGUUGCAAAGCAAUUUGGUGCCAUGUUAGUUGUUGUUCCAAGAAAUACGCAGAUUCCGUUCAGAAAAAAGGUCGUCUUUUGCACUGGGGAUGACAAUCAAAUUACAAUGAGCAUAAAAGUUUAUCUAGGCAAGAGUUCAAAUAUCCGAGAACAUCUUUUGCUAGGGGAGCUCUUCUUAUGUGGGAUUCCACCUGCUCGGAGGGGAGAAGAAUCCGUCGCAGUUUGCUUUGCCAUGGAUGGUUCGGGAAUAUUGAAAGUGUCAGCUGAGCAUAAGAAGACGGGCUCAAAGAGUGAGCUUACAUUAGAUAAGGUAUAUGGUUUUCAACUCAGCAAAAAUGAGAUGGAAAGAAUGUUAAUUGAUGUAGAACGACUCAGUUCACUGGACAAAGAAUUCGAAAGAAACGUUGCGGCACGUGAAGUACUUGUAAAUCAAGUGUAUGAGAUGAGAGAAAAAGUAAGAAAAGAGAAGCUGAAGAUACAAGUUGUUGAGAAGGAGGUUGAAGACACCAUUGCUUGGCUGGAGGGAAAUGACACAGCUUCAACUUGUUUCCUUGAACAGAAAUUAAACGAUUUGAAAAAGAAAAUUGAGACCCACUUUGGGGGUUUGUCGAUAACUAGAUCUGCAUGCCAUUCGCUGCCACGAGCAGUUUCUAUAACUAGAUAAUAG